CCCUCUCAGCGUCCCCCCUCCCUCCCUUAUCUCGCAGCCUUCUCUCCCCAGUUCCUCUUCUACCCGCCUAUCACCUCACCACCUCCCUUCCUCCUUUCCUCCUCCACUCCCCAGACCUCAGGCUCAGUGUUUGCUUUUCUCCCAGAUCCGGAUCCAAACCGGAUGAAAAGCUUGGCCUACCCAUGCCCUGCCCUACCCUGCUUCUGGGAGCGGGGCUCGGGCUCCAUGGCUGAGGCUGCCCGCGCUCAGGCUCCAGGGCAAGGGCCCCCAGUGGACCUCCGAUUCCUGCGAGCCCAGUACGAAGACCUGCGGAGGCAGCACCUCAUGGUGCUGCCAAAAGGAGGGACUCCUGCGGAAUCCAUGAUCAGUGCUUUCUGGAUUAACAAGGAGAGGAAGAGCUCAAUGUCCCCGGAUGAAACAGACUGUGAGGUGGAGGGGAUGCUGGAGGAAGCUGACAGAAGCUGCCAUUGGGCUCCUGAGUCUCCAUGGCACACACACCUAGAAAUGCAUUGCUUGGUCCAAACAUUCCAUCAGGAAUCCAAUCAUCAAGUAAUGCCCAAGGUCCAUCUUAUUGGGUCUGAGCAACAUUUUUCGGAAAACAAUGAGAAAACUCAACAAAUAACCCAAAUCCCAAAGGCGUCCCAGUGUCAAGGUCAAGGGGACAGUACCCGAACAGAGGCAGCAGGCUCCAGCUUAAAACCCCGCAGGCAGCUCCUUCCUUCCACAAAGAACUCACGCAGGGCUGACCAAGCCACACACUAUCCGUUUCCCCAGAGGAAAACUCCCCGGAUCUCCCAAGCUGCCCGGAACCUGGGUUUAUAUGGCCACACCUGAAGCUUUCUACUCUGUUAGGUGUCUCAUUUGUGAGGUCAUUAAUAAACUCAUUAACGAACCAAAAAGAGAGACCCACAGCCAGAGCCUUGAGCUGUAAUCAAGGACUGGACUAUUCCAAUUGCAGACAUUAUGAGAAAUGAACCUCACAGUGGGAACAUGGCAUCACCCUUCAAAACACAAGAGAUUGCCCAGGUCAAAUUGUUCACCAUUUAGGAUGAAAGAACUAACUGAUAGAUGCAGCCCCAUUCCAAUUAUAUAUGAAGGCAUUACUAUGGGGUCCUGGAUGCCAUUCCUUGGGGGUCUACCAAUAUGCCUGUUGCAUCACACUUGGCUCCUUUGAAGUAGAGAAUUUUGAAACAUAAAGCAGUAACUUUAACCAAUGAGAUGUCUUAGCAAUGAGUGCAGUUAAUGGAUGUAGUGAUCUUGUUGGCAAUAUUUUCUUAUUCAUUGCAUAUUCGAGAGAAGAUGAUUCCCAAGAAUUCGGAACCUCUUCUCUGAUUGCCCUGCCUAGGGAUUAAGAGCCACUGCAUAUAUUAGUAGCUGUCAUAUCAUUUCAUCUUGAGUCCCCCAAAAUAUGGAUGCCAUGGGUAAGAAGGGUUAAGUCAAUGCCACCUAUCCUUUCUGUGUUUAAAGGUCCUUGGAAAACAGGACUUUUUUACCUGUCACCGAGACUGCACAUUCAAACCUCUUAUAAAUUUAUUUCCUUCUAUCUUUUCCUCCCUUCUUCCAUCCCUCUCACUUUGUCUUCCCUGUCUCUCUCUCUGAAAAUUAAUUUCACAUUAAAAACCAUCAACUACUUGCUAGGUAUGGUGAUGUACAACUAUAAACCCAGCACUUGGGAGGUAGAGGCAGGAGGAUCAGAACUUCAAGGUCUUCCUUAGGUACAGUCUUAGUGAAGCCAGCCUGGGCUACAUGAGACCCUAUCUCAAUCAGAAUAAAACAAAUCAAAAUCCUGUCACUCAUUGGAAAUACACAGUCACGGAAGCCUGGGGUUCACGGUUAAACAAGACAUAUUUUCCUGCUUAUGUGUCCCCCACAAACAGCUUCCUUCAUGGCCUGUUGGAUCAUCGAGGCACUUCCUGCUAUAAGUUAUGCAUUUUUAAACCUGAAACAGUGAAGUUUGAGUUAACUUGAGUGAUGGGAAAGCAAGCAUUCUUUCCUGGUUAAUGUCUAACUUCAGGAAUGACAGUGAAACACAUUCAGGGUGUCUUUUCUCCCUAUUAGACUCUCCCUCCAUCCACCUGCUCAUAGACCCCACCCCCAGAAGCUCCCUUCACUUUGACAAUUCAUUGUUAUUCUUUUGAUGGAUAAUUAAUAAAGUGCCAGGUGUUUUACAUACUCAAAUGAAAAUCAAGGACAUUUUCUAAAACUAAAACUUUGUCCAUGGCUUUUGUUUUAAACAAGAAACCUCUUUGUACAAUUUCUAAAUCUUUAACUCCUUGUUGCACUAAAGCUUCCCUCAGCAUGGGCAGCUUUUGUAGAGUGCCUAUCCCCUGGUACAAAGCGAUGGAGAGCCCUUGGGAUGUGCAGUUGGAAACCUGGUCCUUAAUCCAGCCAUUCUUCAUGGAUGACUUGGACCAAGUUACUCAGUCUUUCAGUUUAGGUUUCAUCAUAUGUAAGCUGAGAGACAUAAUACUGGCUUUUGACAGGAUUUGAAACAAUGGUAUAAAGUUCUUGCUAUUCUCAAUAAGAGAUGGUAAGUCAUUAGUUUUUAAAGUCCUCUACAUCUCUCUCUUCACCUCCCUCUCAGGCAUCAACCUGCUCUGAACUACUUCUGCUCUGAAGAUCACUAGCCAAGCCGGUCUAGCUGAUUUCUUCUUUCUUCUCUUUUCUGUCUAUAGCGUUCAUGACAAUUACUGCUGAUGUCCUGUACUUUCCACUCUCUUACUCCUACUAUAGUUUUGGGAUCUCCCCAACCAGUCUAUGAGCUCCUUUAAUUCAGGGGAUAUGUCUAAAUCAUCGUAUUGUCCCAGAACUUAGAAUACAGCUUGACAUAUAGACUGGGUGCUUGCUUAAAUGAUUAAGAAAAUGAGUGUCAUGUGUCUUUAAUGCCUCCCACAUAGGAGCCAUUUCUCUCCUCUCCUCCUAAUUUGUAGACUUUCUAGAUCUUGGCUUAAUGUUUUCCCUUUUAUGCUUUCUGCUAGUGGUUAAAUCAGAACAUUGAGCAGAAAUAAGACCCUGCUAGGCAGAGGGACAGUGUGUGAGAUGACUCUGAAGGACAAUGGAUCAGGAUACACCAGAUCCUGAAAUGAGGGCCUUGUGGUUCAAAUGCUAUAACCAAGGGAGGGAGCAGAUGCAAAGGUAAGCAGGUUAAGCUGUGUUUUGCUGUGGUAACAAGCGACCCCAAAAUCUCACAGCAAAAGCUCAACUUUUUUUUAUUAAGCCCACCAUGCAUUUGGGCAAACUACCAGGCAGCUCUCCUCCAUGAACAAUGUAUCAGUAGUUCACACUUCCCAGUCUUAUCUCCAGUAUAACCACCUCAUCAAUACUGAUAGUCAUGUACUGACUUGAAAACCACUUUUUCUCAUGUUUCAUUGUCCCAAGCAAGUCACACAAUUAUCUUUUCCCUUCAGGGGUAUGAGGAAGUGCAGUCAUCCCAUAUGUCUGGAAGGAGAGAGGAAACGAAAGCAUGACAGAGGGUCCCUACUGAGUAGAAGCAGAAGAGACAAAG